AUGGCUCCGGCAUUAUCGAAGAAUUCUUCCUCUUCGCAUGAUUUGAAAGAUGGUCCUGAGAUCGAGGUCAAAAACGCGACAGCUUCAAACCCAGAAAUGGUCUCAAAAUCUUCUAACAGCGAACUGAACACUGAACAACAACAAGUUGAAGAAAUUGAAUAUGUUAGCGGAUACAAAUUGGCUGUUAUCGUCGCAUGUGUCGCUCUCUCAUGCUUUCUCAUGCUUUUGGAUACCAUGAUCGUUAGCACAUGCGGCACCACAGCUCCUAACUGGACGAAUAUAUACCCACUUCAGCACAAAGGUUGGACAUUUCUUGCAUUUUUCGGAAUAUUCGAAGUCGGUUCGGUGCUUUGCGGUGCGGCGGUUGAUUCGACGAUGCUGAUAGUAGGCCGUGCGAUAGCAGGUUUCGGUGCUGCAGGAAUUAUUAUCGGUGCCAUUACCAUUAUUUCAGGUUGUGUGCCCUUUGAAAAACGUCCAGCUCUGAUUGGAAUGACAAUGGGAUUUAAUCAAUUGGGGCUUGUCGCUGGACCAAUCAUCGGAGGAGCUUUUACUUCGUAUAGCGACUGGAGAUGGUGCUUCUAUGUCAACCUGCCCGUUGGUGCUCUCGCUGCAGUUGCCAUAGUCUUCCUGCGCAUUCCUGAGCAGACGAUUAAACCGAAUGCUUUCACCGUUCUUGCAAAGUUGCACCAUUAUCUGGACCUCGUUGGCUUUGCUCUCUUCGCCCCAGCAGUUCUUCAACUGCUUCUCGCUCUUCAGUAUGGUGGCAAUGCCUACCCUUGGGGCUCAUCUCGCGUGAUUGGUUUGUUCUGUGGAUCGGCUGCGACCUUUGGUGUAUGGCUGCUCUGGAAUUUCCAUAAAGGUGACGACGCUUUAUUACCUCGUUCUAUGAUCAGGCGAACUGCUGUCUGGGCAUCCGGAGCUUAUCAAGCUUUUUUAAUGUCAGCUGUCUACGGAGGCAUCUAUUUCCUACCCAUAUAUUUCCAGGCCAUCAACGAUGCAAGUCCAAUGCUCAGUGGAGUCUACCUGUUACCGACGAUUUUACCCCAGCUUUUUAUGGCGGCUUCAUCUGGAGCCAUAAUAACUAAAAUGGGAUAUGUGAUUCCAUUGGCGGUCUUUUCCACCGUGUUCCUGUCUAUAGGGAGCGGAUUGUACUCAGUACUACAGCCAGGAAGCUCUACUGUACAAUGGGCAGGCUUCCAGGUGAUAGGAGGUAUUGGAUCUGGAGCUGGCUUGCAAGUGGCUAUAAUAGCCAUCCAAGCCGUCGUGACGGGGGACGAAUUGUCAUCGGCCAUGGCAUUCCUCGUUUUUGCCCAAUCUCUUGGUCCAGCGAUUGCCCUAACAUUAUACAAUGUUAUAUUUUCCGAAACCCUGAAAGCGCAGCUUGCAGAAAGGGCACCAAACCUGAGUGCCCAGGCCAUUAUCGAUGCAGGCGCCACCGGCUUUCAUGCUAUCGUGAGCAAGCAAGAUCUGCCAACUGUAUUGAUAGCCUACUCAAACAGUAUCGAUCGCGUCUUCUACCUGGUAGCUGCUUUGGCGGCGACUUGCUCCGUCUUUGUCUGGGAGAUGGGAUGGCACGAUGUGAGAAAGAAGGAAGAAUUGAACCGAAACAACAAUUAUGUAAUACGAGGGAAAAGAGAGGAAACAGUAUAA